AUAAAAUCCGAGGUGCGAAAUGUGGAGUUCGAGUUUAGCAAAAUGCAGCGAGUUGCUAUGAGCGUCUCUAUCGGCCUCUUCUUGGCCAUCCUCCUUAACGUCCUCGCCCCGCAGUCGGCGUUGGCAGCCUCCUGUGGACACAACAAGAGUCACAACGCUUUCUUCGGUACAAGACUUCCUCACCAGGACCAGCUAUUGUACAUGGAACAUGCUAGGGCAGGUGGGAGAUGGUUGAGAGUGGUCACUUAUCCCAUGUCUUAUCCGAAUCCAGGCGACGUCCGAGGGAUUAUCAGUUACAUAGAGGUAUUAGAUCAGUUCACCGACGGUACAGGCGGCUGCCCCUUUCUCAAAUCCGGCGGAAUUGGAAAGGAUCACGUCUCCCUAGCACUCAAGUCUCAGAGAAGCUCAGGGCUCGACUUCGUCGUCAGGAUUUUCGGUCAUCCAAUAUGAAAUCAUCAAUUUGCUUUUUUUGUUAACGUAAACCUUGAACGAUUUCACGGAAGAUCCUUGCUUUAAAAUAUCUCUAAAUCUGUUUAUAUGAGAAAACGAAUUUGAUAAUGUAUGCUAUGUACACAAGAAAAAUAAUAAGCUUUAUUAAUAAUGUUA